AUGUCGGCUGUGCUAGAUCAGGCGAUGAUGGAAGACAUCGCUCGCCACUGCCCCGAGCAGUUUCUUGCUUUCCACCAGUGUAUGUCGAAACCGCCCUCGGAGGCCGACUGUGUGUUGGAGCAACACAACUUGAGCAGAUGCAUCAAGACCAAAGUGCCUGUUUUCCAACAGAUUCAGACAAAAUGCGCCGGCAAGCUUCAGGCGUAUGAGGCCUGUUUGCGCUCGAACAACUCUGACCAGAAAAAGUGUGAGGCAGACCUCAAGUCGCUCAGAGAGUGUUCACAAAGCGCCAUUGGCAAGUAA